AUGCCAUGGGACCCCGAACCUGUUCUGAACGUCGCCCAAUACGUGACCAUCUCGCGCAAAUGGCAACACUCUGUGGAGCGCUUUACAAUGGCAGAUAUUAAGAAAUACAGCACUGAUUUGGACAUGUUCUGCCAAGUAUUCUCAUCCCCGCGACGAAGAAAAUUGCUGCGAAAGCUGUACUAUGAAAUUGAUCUCCUGACCUACAGCAAGAAUCGGAUUUUCUGUCUUGAAAGAAAGAGGGAAAGAAGAGCAAAUAAUGAAGCCUUUAAUAGAGGCAUGAAGGAGUUGUUAGAUAACUUAUCUUCCUGGGGAACACAGGGCAUUGAUUUGACACUUACUGCAUCCUCCCCUAUGGAUCCUCAUCGACGAUCACCCGAGCUUGAUUCUGGGUUGUCACGCGAGCGUUGGGCCUUCGAAGAUAAACAUCUUAAUUUAGAUAAUGCGGUUUCUUUGCCACGAUUGUCGUGUAUCGAAGCCUUGACAAUUCCAAAUGGACGGCGCAUGCUGCAUCACUCAGCCAUUGGGAAGAUUAUCUCAUCACUACCCAGGCUGGAACGGUUGACCCUGAAAUUAAACACACCCAAAAAUAAACGGGCAGAAAUGCAAAAUGAACAUAGAAUAGCCCUUGCAAAUGCCUUGGAGUCACCAUCAUUGAGUAAUUUGCGAACAUUGAAUAUCUAUAUCGAGCAAGACAUCCCACGCAACCACAACUUCAGGAACCAACCUGAUGAUCCCAAAUAUCCGGAUGGUGAUGUUUUGAACAUUGCCAUUCGCAGAUUGAUGGAGAGAACUCACCUGGCGGAUCUGAGUCUCACUGGGUUUUGGCUGGUCUCACCUGUGCUAUUCGAUGGAAAAGAAAUCUUUCCAUAUCUUAAAAAAGUCAAGAUAGAAGGAGCGCUCAUCACUUAUGAUGGUCGAUGGCACUACACGGGCAACCCCGCCACUGUUGAUGCGGAUUACGAAGGCGCUCAGGAUGAUGCAGAAGGUGAUGAUGAUGGAGAUGUCUCUGACUCCAAUUCUUCCUUCAAUUCGGAGCUUGAGGACUCUCUGCCCGAAGGGAGAGAGGCCCUUCUGAAUGGCGAUGUUCCCAAUCAUAUGUGGAGGACACAGCCAGAUCCACAGAUGUUUGAUCCUCUUAUGAAGACAAUGGCUACUGCCUUACUUCGGAUGCCUCAACUGCAGAAUUUCCUCUUCUCGAUUGGGUGGAGCUAUUUAGACUAUCAUGCGAUCAUAUUCGAAUGUUUGAAGCCUGGAGAGCAUCCUAAAUGUUUCCGAUCUCCUCAAAGAACAGUUGAGUUGAAUACCACCCGAUGCUACGUAACACUUAUGUUUAAAGCAAGGUGGGAGGUUCCUGGUGAUGUUGCAAACAUCUGGAAGGAAGUUGUGGGAGAUAAAGGUGUUGUUGCUGUUGCGCCUUUCUGA